GAACAGUGUUGUCCUGAGUGUGGUGACUGCUGUCCAAAUAUCGCCCCAUUCGAUUACUGUUUAGCAUGUGCAGAGUCGUGCAACUGUCGCCUGCCAUCACUGCGCUCGUGCCUUGACCAGACCUGCCCCUCAACCUGCCCCUCUCUUCCUAAUGUGAGUAAAACCCCUGAGUGUGCGACCAAUCAGGGUUUGAAUCACUUGUUCUUACCCCCUGCUUUGUUUCCCCAAAGUGUAACAUGUGGGACCGUGCUUGCACCUGCCAACCCCCAGAAUCUGAGUCCUUCAACUGCCUCUGCUUCGAGAUCAAGUUCAGAUAG